CAGUCACUUGUCAUCUUUCCCUCGCCAGAAAAUGUAUACUCUUCACCGACCAUCACAGUUCAUUGGAUUUGAUCUAUUGCAACAUUUUUCUCCUCCAAAUCAAACGUCAUUUCUCAAUUUUCCAAUUCUUGUAGCUCAAAUUGAUCACCUGGAGCCUUAUAAGGUUUAUCCAGAUGACAGUCGCCGUUACACAAGUGGUAUUGGAACAAUCAGCCCAGAUGAUAAGCAAGUGCGAAUGACAGAGCAUGUCUCAACAGUAGUGCAAUUUUUAGCAAUUGAUUAUGCUAUGGAGAUAUGUGAAUUGCAUCUUCGAAUAAAUCCAACAUCUUCAACUUUGGUCAUGGCCCCAUCACCAAUAUACCCUGUGCUAACUAUACAUUGUCUUGACACUACCAUACAUCUAGAUUCAAAGAAACUUUCAUUCAGCAAUCGACCCUCCUUGGGACCAAAACUUGUUGAUUUGAGAGUAAAUUAUACAAGUGGCAUUGAUUGGAGUCGAAAGUUUCCAUGUGCUAUGCACGAGCUGCAAACAUUCCAGUUGGGGUGCUCUCAGUCAGAGUUUGAUGAUCCACAUAGUUGUAAUGUUCAAUGGUGGCAAGACAAGAAAACUAUCACAACCUGUGAGUGCCUCUGCACUUGUAAUGGGGCUUUUGUUUGCUCACCUUUUCAGCAUUAUAUAUGA